UUGUCGAUUCCUUUUUAGCCAAGCGGUAAGAGGCCUCAUACAGUACAGUAAAUCGUAAAAUCAAGAAAUGCGGUAACCAGCUUCCCUUGCGUACUAAAAUAUCUACUUUUAUUUACUCAGGGGGUAGGAAUAACAUUACUCGACCGAUGUAAACAAAACUGAAUAGUGUCGGUUCAGCGUUAGCUGUUUUGCUAACAGCAGAGCAAAGCAGACGCAGUGAGGUGAAGAGGCUUGAUGCUGAUCGACGUCCAGCGGCAAACACACGCCUGGCUGUUGUCAUAAGGCACAAUGUCAAAAAGCGAGACAGAAGAGAUGAUAGAGAUUGAGAUUGACGAACGGGAGAAACAGGCGUGCUUGGAGGAAGGUGUUGAGGAGCAGACCAUCACUGCAUCAGAUCUGAUACAACAAGAUAUUGACAUCAAUGAGCCCAUUGGCAAUUUGAAGAAGCUUUUAGAGCCCCGUAUCCAGAUAUCACUGGACGCAUAUGAGAUCUGCUUGCAGGACAUUCAGCUCCAUCCCGAUCACAGCCUGUUUGAUCAGGGAGUAAAGACAGAUGGCACAGUGCAGCUCAGCCUGCAGAUUAUAACUAAACCAGGUGAGGAGAAGUUGAACAUUUUGGAAAUCGUGAAGCCAGUGGAAACAGUAGAAGUGGUGAUUGAUCCGGAUGCAGCUGGAGAAGAGGGGACUCUGGUGGAAGAGGGUCAGCUCAUCGCUGUGGAGCGAUCUGCCCUGACAGAUGAGACAUCAGAGCAGGUUACACGCUGGGCUGCAGCCCUCGAAGGCUACCGCAAAGAGCAGGUUCGCCUGGGCAUACCAUAUGACCCGGUACUGUGGACAGCUGACCAGGUGAUCCACUGGGCCGUCUGGGUAAUGAAGGAGUUCAACAUCGAUGAGAUGGAAAUCGGCAGCAUUCACAUCCCAGGUCGAGAUCUCUGCUCAUUCAGCCAGGAAGAGUUCCUGCAGAAAGUGCCUAACGGGGAGAUACUCUGGAGUCACCUUGAACUCCUCCGCAAAUAUGUGUUGGCAAGCCAGGACCAGUCUGGUGGGGAUGCUACUGUCACCAUCGAUCAGCCUGUGCAGAUAAUCCCAGCUCAAGUGAGCACGCCUUCCGCCAUAAAAGUGUUAAAGCAGAAUCGUGGUCCCAGAGCUCCCCGGAUUUCAGGAGAAGAGCGGAGCUCACCGGGCAACCGCACAGGCAACAACGGUCAGAUCCAGCUGUGGCAGUUCCUGCUGGAGCUUCUGACAGACAAGGAUGCGAGGGACUGCAUCUCCUGGGUGGGAGAGGAGGGAGAGUUCAAACUUAACCAGCCAGAGCUAGUGGCACAGAAAUGGGGGCAGCGGAAAAACAAGCCCACUAUGAACUACGAGAAACUCAGCAGAGCCCUCAGGUAUUACUAUGAUGGGGACAUGAUCAGCAAGGUGCAGGGCAAGCGCUUUGUCUACAAGUUUGUGUGCGACCUGAGAACUCUGAUUGGCUACAGCGCUGCUGAGCUCAACAACCUGGUGACCGAGUGCGAGCAGAAGAAGUUGGCUCGGAUGCAGAUGCAUGGCAUCGCUCAGCCCAUCACUACAGUGACCCUGGCCACUACGACACUAGACAAAGACAGUUAAAGGAGGAUGCCUUUUAAAGGAGAGUGCUUUAGCAUUCUCCGCCAAUGCUUGGAAACAAAUCAACACAAUUCUUUCUUUUUGACACAGCUGUGUUCUUUGGGCACAGGAAUGCAAGACUGAUCAGUUUGGACUUUUGUCAUCUUUACAGUUUGAUCUGACUAAAACAGUGGCAGGCUUUUUAUAGCUUUUCUUUGACUCUAACCAAGAGAAGAAAUGUGUUCAGGACAAGAAGAGGAAUGGCUGUGUGGCUUUUUUGUGUGCAUGUGGCUGAAUGUCUGAGUGUGUGAAUGAAACCCAGUUAUGAGUUAUGUAUAAUGUACUUCUUGUCUCUAGUUCAGGAUUGUUUCCACUGUAUAUACCGGUACUUCAUGUUUUUGAUAGCUGCAAGGACAAGUGUAUUUUCAUAUUUUCCAUUUCUAGAGAGCCUGUUUUGUAUUUUAUUUAGUGUUUUCCCUGAACUGUUGGAACUUUUUUGUCCACUAGGGGGAAUAAAGUGGUAAGAAUUUUUCUUAA